CCCUCCCAUACUAAAAUCGUCAAAUAAAAACCCCGCGGAUCCCCACAUCCCUUCUCUCCUCGUCAGAGAGAAAUAAACUCUUCUCCUACCCCCUCCUCCCUCUCUCUCUAGAUCUGAACUCCCUCCAUCGCAUUCCAGUUCUUGUAUAUCAAACCAGAUCGCGAUCGGAUCCGCGACCCCUCCCUCCCCCAGUUCCCAAAUCUUGGCUCUACGACCCUGGAAUUAGGGUUCCUCUGAUGCCUCUCCCCCUCUGAGCCUUCGCCGUGAUGGAAGCGCCGCCUUCCCAGCCGGGAAGGCCCCCACUCCGCACCGCCACCGACGGCGUCCCCCGCCCCCGCGACCCGAUCGCCCUCGGCCGCUCCAGCUCCGCCUCCAGCCGAUCCGACUUCGAAUCCCCCUCUUUCUCCUCCGCCUCCACCGCCGCCGUCAGCCAGAGCCUCUCCUCCAUCCUCAACAACCCCCACGCCGGCCGCUCCGACGCCUCCUGGACCCUCUGGUGGCCCUCCGCCUCCGCCACCGUUCCCGACCCUCCCCCUCCGCUCGCUCCCUCCAUCUCCCUCCCUGACGUCUCCCGCGCCGACUUCCAGCCCUAUCUCUCCGCGAUCUUUGAGCCCUACUCUCGCUUCGAGGAUGUCCGCAAUCACAGUUCCAAGGAGACCGCCGCCGCAGCCGUCGACGGCGAGGUCCGCGGCCUGGGGGAGGCAUUGGUCGCGUGCCUCCGGGAGGUGCCGUCCCUCUUCUUCAAGGAGGAUUUUGCGUUGGAGGAGGGCACGACGUUCCGUGCCGCCUGCCCCUUCUCGCCGUCGGCCCAGGAGAAUACUGCGCUCCAGGAGAGACUGACGCAAUACCUGGAUGUGGUGGAGAUGCACCUGGUGAGGGAGAUCUCACUGCGGUCAAACUCGUUCUUCGAGGCUCAGGGGCAGCUGCAGAGCUUGAACGGGGAGAUUGUGGAGGCGUGUAUGAGAAUUCGGGAGCUGAAGGAGACGAUCAGGAUCUUGACUGGUGAUCUUGUGGGAACUGCGAGGCAGGUGCAGGAGCUGAAUGCCACGCGGGGGAACCUUGUCGCGUUGCACCAGAAGCUCACCGUAAUAUUAUAUGUCAGCCAGGCGCUCUCAGCAUUGAAACUGCUUCUUUCAAGUACGGAUUGUGCUGGUGCUCUAGAUAUCACAGAUGACUUGCAUCAUUUGCUGGAAACUGAUGAGCUUGCUGGUCUUCAUUGUUUUCGCCAUCUUCGUGACCAACUGGCAACGACCUUAGAUUCAAUAAACAGCAUUCUUUCAGCAGAGUUCUUGCGUGCAGCCAUAAAUGACACCAAAACUAAUGAUAUGGUGAUUUUGUCCAAGUUAAAAACAAAGGCAGCUAAUCUCAUCAAUGGGAUGGAUGAUGAAGUUAGGUUAGAUGAUGAUGAAAGCUCCAUUAUCCGAGAUCAUCUUCUCCCUCUCAUCAUUUGUCUACUCAGAACAGCAAAACUUCCAGCUGUUUUGAGGAUUUACCGUGAUACACUUAUUACUGAUAUGAAAGCUACAAUCAAAACUACAGUUGCAGAGUUGCUUCCAGUUUUGGUAGCGCGGCCACUAGAGUCUGAUUUGGUGAUGGGGGAACGAGCUGUGGAUUCAGAUGGUGGAGGCUUGUCAUUGGCAAGCAAAUUAAGGAGCCUGUCAUCUGAAAGCUUUGUCCAGCUUUUGGCCGCUAUAUUCAAGGUUGUACAGGCACAUUUAAUGCGUGCUGCAGAAGUUAAAAGAGUUAUAGAGUGGAUUAUGGGAAACCUUGAUGGGUGUUAUGCCACUGAUUCUGUUGCUGUGGCAGUUGCACAUGGUGCAGCAGCUGCUGCGGCUGCAGAAGCUGCCCAAGAGAGUGAUACUACAGUUAUUCCUCGUAUCUCAAGGUCUCUUACCAGGAAUUCUCCCAAGAUUCCAUUAUUCCAAGGAAGGACAAAUGAUGAUUCCAGUCCGAAUACAUGCAAAAAUUUCCGUGCUGAUGUGUUGCGGGAAAACACAGAAGCUGUAUUUGCUGCUUGUGAUGCUGCUCAUGGAAGAUGGGCUAAGCUCCUUGGUGUCCGUGCUCUUCUCCAUCCCAGGUUAAGACUUCAAGAGUUUCUAAGCAUUUAUAACAUAACUCAAGAUUUUAUAGCAGCUACAGAAAAGAUUGGUGGCAGGUUAGGUUAUAGCAUUCGUGGUACUAUACAGUCACAGUCGAAGGCAUUUGUUGAUUUUCAACAUGAAUCUCGAAUGACAAAAAUUAAGGCCGUUCUUGAUCAAGAGACAUGGGUUGCAGUUGAUGUUCCUGAUGAAUUUCAGGCCAUUGUUGUAUCACUUUCUUCUGUUCAUGAUGCUGAGCUAGGCCCGGACAAUCUUACUUCAGAGAAGGUUAAAGUUGGGGUUUCUUCUGGUGAACAACAGCGUAGCAUGAAUGAAUCAGAGCAUGCUGCAGAUCGUAGCAACCAAACCUUGCCACUGUCAUCAACUGGGUUAAAAGAAGAAAAUAAAGCUGAACCAACACCUUCUAUCCGGAAUGAUGAUGGUAAUAUGAAGGAACAUGGUAGCUCUACUUCUCAAACCACCCUUAUGUGUGGAGGUGUUGGUUAUCACAUGGUAAACUGUGGUUUAAUAUUGUUGAAAAUGUUGUCGGAGUAUGUUGACAUAAGCAAAUGUUUGCCAGCUUUGUCAUCUGAAGUGGUCCACCGUGUUGUAGAAAUAUUGAAGUUUUUUAACACCAGGACUUGUCAGCUUGUCCUUGGUGCUGGUGCCAUGCAGGUAUCAGGCUUGAAGUCCAUAACUUCCAAGCAUUUAGCUCUGGCAAGUCAGAUCAUCACUUUUAUUUAUGCUAUCAUACCAGAUAUUCGGCGAGUCCUUUUUCUGAAAAUACCUGAGGCUCGUAAAGCAUUACUGGUGUCUGAAAUUGAUAGAGUAGCUCAGGGUCCAAUGAUGGCUUCAACAUUUCUCAAGGAUCUAAAGCAUGUCUACAGUCUGCCUGCACACAGGAAACUUUGA